UUAGCGGCGGUCGGCGUCCAGCGCCCGUUUCUCUGGUUCGCCAGCUCUCGCGCGGAGUUCAGCCGCUUUCUCUGCACUGCCCGCGGGUCCCGAGCGCGGCGUCAUGUCGGAUCCCGGGGGUGGCGGCGAGGACGGCUCGGCCGGCCUGGAGGUGUCGGCCGUGCAGAAUGUGGCCGACGUGUCGAUGCUGCAGAAGCACCUGCGCAAGUUGGUGCCGCUGCUGCUGGAAGACGGCGGCGAGGCGCCGGCCGCGCUGGAGGCGGCGCUGGAGGAGAAGAGCGCCCUGGAGCAGAUGCGCAAGUUCCUCUCGGACCCGCAGGUCCACACGGUGCUGGUGGAGCGCUCCACGCUCAAAGGUGCGGCCCGGCCCGGCCGGCGGCCGGCGGAGCCCGGGUGCCCCUUCCGGGUGGCGGGGGGAGGAGGGCGUCCCUGUCUCGCCGUCACCCCCAACAAUGGCAUCGCUUUGUCUGCCGGCCUCAAGAUGGCCGAGUUGGGUGGAGACAGCGUCUCCGGGCUGAGCGCGGCAGGCGGAGGCCGCAUCCCGGCCUCCAAUUGUUCCCUGGCCGGGGAUGGGGAGCAAACCCGCAACCAGAUACGGGCCCUUGACUGGGAAUCGAACCGGAGACCUUUUGGUGCGCAGGUUGAUGCUCUAACCACAGAGCAACACUGGCCAGGGCCAAAUGAAUUUUUAAUUUGUAUGCAACACAGAGAAGGCCACAGUUGUCAAGACCUAUUAGGAAGGAGACUUUGUGUUCUAAUUUCUUCUUUGCUUUCUUGUAGCUUGGCAUUCAUUAAACGCACUCCAGUCAUUGAUGCAGACAAACCAGUGUCUUCCCAGCUCCGCGUUCUCACGCUCAGCGAGGACUCCCCAUAUGAAACCUUGCAUUCUUUCAUUAGCAAUGCGGUGGCUCCUUUCUUUAAGUCCUACAUCAGAGAGUCUGGCAAGGCAGACAGGGAUGGUGAUAAAAUGGCUCCUUCAGUUGAAAAAAAGAUUGCGGAACUUGAAAUGGGACUCCUUCACCUGCAGCAAAACAUUGAAAUUCCAGAGAUCAGCCUGCCAAUUCAUCCAAUUAUUACAAAUGUCGCAAAGCAGUGUUACGAGCGUGGAGAAAAGCCCAAAGUUACAGACUUUGGAGAUAAGGUUGAAGACCCAACUUUUCUCAAUCAGCUACAAUCCGGAGUUAACCGCUGGAUCCGAGAAAUUCAGAAAGUGACCAAACUCGACCGAGACCCUGCCUCGGGAACGGCCUUACAAGAAAUCAGUUUUUGGCUGAACUUGGAACGUGCGUUGUACCGCAUACAGGAGAAGCGCGAGAGCCCCGAGGUUCUGCUUACGCUGGAUAUCCUGAAGCACGGCAAGCGCUUCCAUGCCACCGUCAGUUUCGACACUGACACAGGUCUAAAACAGGCUUUGGAAACCGUGAAUGACUACAACCCUCUGAUGAAAGAUUUCCCUCUGAACGAUUUGCUGUCUGCCACUGAGCUGGACAAGAUCAGGCAGGCUCUUGUGGCGAUCUUCACCCAUUUGAGAAAGAUCCGGAACACGAAGUAUCCCAUCCAGAGGGCCCUGCGCUUGGUGGAGGCCAUUUCAAGAGACUUGAGUUCCCAGUUACUCAAAGUGUUGGGCACUAGAAAACUAAUGCAUGUUGCUUAUGAAGAAUUUGAAAAAGUUAUGGUUGCGUGCUUUGAAGUGUUUCAGACUUGGGAUGAUGAAUACGAGAAACUUCAGGUGUUGUUGAGAGACAUUGUCAAACGGAAAAGGGAAGAAAAUCUGAAGAUGGUGUGGCGAAUCAACCCUGCCCACAGGAAGCUUCAGGCUCGCCUAGACCAGAUGAGGAAGUUUCGACGGCAGCACGAACAGCUGAGAGCAGUCAUCGUCAGGGUCCUGAGGCCACAGGUCACAGCGGUUGCACAGCAGAAUCAAGGGGAGGUCCCUGAACCCCAGGAUAUGAAAGUAGCUGAGGUUCUUUUUGAUGCCGCUGAUGCGAAUGCUAUUGAGGAGGUAAACCUCGCCUACGAGAAUGUCAAGGAAGUGGAUGGACUGGAUGUUUCCAAAGAAGGCACAGAGGCGUGGGAGGCCGCCAUGAAGAGAUACGACGAGAGGAUUGACAGGGUGGAGACCCGGAUCACUGCUCGCCUUCGCGAUCAGCUCGGCACGGCCAAGAAUGCUAACGAGAUGUUUAGGAUUUUCUCCAGGUUCAACGCACUGUUUGUCAGGCCUCACAUCCGCGGGGCCAUCCGUGAAUACCAGACCCAGCUAAUCCAGCGCGUGAAAGACGACAUCGAGUCUCUUCACGACAAGUUCAAAGUCCAGUACCCACAGAGUCAGGCGUGUAAGAUGAGCCACGUGCGCGAUCUGCCGCCUGUGUCUGGGUCCAUCAUCUGGGCGAAGCAGAUUGACAGACAGCUGACCGCCUACAUGAAGCGUGUGGAGGACGUCCUGGGCAAGGGCUGGGAGAACCACGUGGAGGGGCAGAAGCUGAAGCAGGAUGGCGACAGUUUCCGCAUGAAGCUCAACACCCAAGAAAUAUUUGACGACUGGGCCCGGAAGGUGCAGCAGCGGAACCUGGGCGUCUCGGGGCGCAUCUUCACCAUCGAAAGUACCCGGGUUCGUGGCCGAUCCGGGAACGUCCUCAAGCUUAAGGUCAACUUCCUCCCCGAGAUUAUCACACUUUCAAAAGAAGUUCGAAACCUCAAGUGGCUUGGUUUCCGAGUCCCUCUGGCGAUUGUGAACAAGGCUCAUCAAGCCAACCAGCUCUACCCGUUUGCCAUCUCCCUGAUUGAGAGCGUGCGCACCUACGAGCGCACCUGUGAGAAGGUGGAGGAACGGAACACCAUCUCUCUGCUGGUGGCCGGCCUGAAGAAGGAGGUGCAGGCCCUGAUCGCAGAGGGCAUCGCCUUGGUGUGGGAGUCCUACAAACUCGACCCGUACGUGCAGCGGCUGGCGGAGACUGUCUUCAACUUCCAGGAAAAGGUGGAUGAUCUGCUGAUUAUUGAAGAAAAAAUAGACCUGGAGGUGCGUUCCCUGGAAACCUGUCUGUACGAUCACAAGACUUUCUCAGAGAUCCUGAACAGGGUCCAGAAAGCUGUGGACGACCUGAACCUGCACUCGUACUCCAACCUGCCCAUCUGGGUCAACAAGCUGGACAUGGAGGUGAGGCUGGGCACUGAGUGGCUCCUCACUGACAUGGAGGUGAGGCGGAGAGACAGAGAGACACCACCUUGGGUGGGAGGUGCUCUUAGUCCCACGUCAGAUGAGCAGACGUGGGUUCCCAGAUGGCGCUUGCCCAGGACCGGGUCGGACAGGUCACCGCAGGCAGGAUUUGAGCCAGUGUCGCGGCAGCUGUUUUUAGCGCCCUUGUUGCUGUUUCAGGCGAUGGGACGCAUCUUUGUGGGCCUUUGCCAAGUGGGAGCGUGGGGCUGCUUUGACGAGUUCAACCGCCUGGAGGAGCGGAUGCUGUCGGCCGUGUCCCAGCAGGUGCAGUGCAUCCAGGAAGCGCUGCGGGAGCACUCCAACCCCAACUUCGAUAAGACCUCUGCCCCCAUUACUUGUGAGCUGCUGAACAAACAAGUCAAGGUGAGCCCGGACAUGGCCAUCUUCAUCACCAUGAACCCUGGCUACGCGGGCAGGUCCAACCUCCCAGACAACUUGAAGAAGCUGUUCCGGAGCUUGGCCAUGACCAAGCCCGACCGGCAACUGAUUGCCCAGGUCAUGCUGUACUCACAGGGCUUCCGCACGGCCGAAGUCCUUGCCAACAAGAUCGUCCCCUUCUUUAAGCUGUGUGAUGAGCAGCUCUCUUCUCAGAGCCAUUAUGACUUUGGGCUUCGAGCUUUGAAGAGUGUGCUGGUGAGUGCGGGUAACGUGAAGAGAGAGAGGAUUCAGAAGAUAAAGAGGGAGAAGGAAGAACGAGGCGAAGUAGUGGAUGAAGGAGAGAUUGCAGAAAAUCUACCUGAACAGGAGAUUCUGAUCCAGAGCGUCUGUGAGACGAUGGUGCCAAAGCUGGUGGCAGAAGACAUCCCGCUGCUCUUCAGUCUCCUGUCGGACGUGUUCCCCGGCGUCCAGUACCACCGCGGGGAGAUGACCGCACUCCGGGAGGAGCUGAAGAAAGUGUGUCAGGAGAUGUAUCUGACGUAUGGAGACGGGGAAGAAGUUGGCGGAAUGUGGGUUGAAAAGGUCCUCCAGCUCUACCAGAUCACCCAGAUCAACCACGGCCUGAUGAUGGUGGGGCCCUCGGGGAGCGGGAAGAGCAUGGCCUGGCGCGUUCUUCUCAAGGCUUUGGAGAGACUCGAGGGGGUGGAAGGCGUGGCCCACAUCAUCGACCCCAAGGCCAUCAGCAAAGACCACCUGUACGGGACCCUGGACCCCAACACCAGGGAAUGGACCGAUGGGCUGUUCACACAUGUCCUGAGAAAGAUCAUCGACAACGUGCGGGGCGAGCUGCAGAAGCGCCAGUGGGUCAUCUUCGACGGCGACGUGGACCCGGAGUGGGUGGAGAACCUGAACUCGGUGCUGGAUGACAACAAGCUCCUGACUCUGCCCAACGGCGAGCGCCUCAGCCUCCCGCCCAAUGUGCGAAUCAUGUUUGAAGUGCAGGACCUGAAGUACGCCACCCUGGCCACAGUGUCGCGCUGCGGCAUGGUCUGGUUCAGUGAGGACGUGCUCAGCACAGACAUGAUCUUCAACAACUUCCUGGCCCGGCUGCGCAGCAUCCCCCUGGACGAAGGGGAGGACGAGGCCCAGCGCCGGCGCAAGGGCAAGGAGGACGAGGGGGAGGAGGCUGCGUCCCCGAUGCUGCAGAUCCAAAGGGACGCGGCAACCAUCAUGCAGCCGUACUUCACGUCCAACGGCCUGGUCACCAAGGCCCUGGAGCACGCCUUCAAGCUGGAGCACAUCAUGGACCUGACCCGCCUGCGCUGCCUGGGCUCCCUGUUCUCCAUGCUGCACCAGGCCUGCCGCAACGUGGCCCAGUACAACGCCAACCACCCCGACUUCCCCAUGCAGAUCGAGCAGCUGGAGCGCUACAUCCAGCGGUAUCUGGUUUAUGCCAUUCUCUGGUCCUUGUCUGGGGACAGUCGGCUGAAAAUGAGGGCAGAGCUGGGCGAGUACAUCAGAAGGAUCACGACCGUGCCCCUGCCCGCUGCACCCAACAUCCCCAUCAUUGAUUACGAGGUGUCCAUCAGUGGAGAGUGGUCGCCGUGGCAGGCCAAGGUGCCUCAGAUUGAAGUGGAGACCCACAAGGUGGCGGCCCCAGACGUCGUCGUGCCGACCCUGGACACGGUCCGCCACGAAGCCCUCCUGUACACCUGGCUGGCCGAGCACAAGCCACUGGUCUUGUGUGGCCCCCCCGGGUCCGGCAAAACCAUGACGCUCUUCAGUGCCCUGCGGGCCCUGCCCGACAUGGAGGUGGUGGGUCUGAACUUCUCCAGCGCCACCACUCCAGAGCUGCUGCUGAAGACCUUCGACCACUACUGCGAGUACCGGCGCACGCCCAACGGCGUCGUCCUGGCUCCCGUCCAGCUGGGCAAGUGGCUGGUGCUGUUCUGUGAUGAGAUCAACUUGCCAGACAUGGACAAGUACGGGACGCAGAGGGUCAUCUCCUUCAUCAGACAGAUGGUGGAACAUGGAGGCUUCUACCGAACCUCAGAUCAAACCUGGGUGAAGCUGGAGAGGAUCCAGUUUGUCGGGGCUUGCAAUCCGCCCACGGAUCCUGGGAGAAAGCCUCUCUCUCACAGAUUCUUGCGUCACGUGCCUGUGGUGUACGUGGAUUACCCGGGACCCGCCUCGCUGACGCAGAUCUACGGCACCUUCAACCGGGCCAUGCUGCGGCUCAUCCCGUCGCUGCGCACGUAUGCGGAGCCGCUCACCGCCGCCAUGGUGGAGUUCUACACCAUGUCUCAGGAGAGGUUCACCCAGGACACACAGCCCCACUACAUCUACUCGCCCCGUGAGAUGACGAGGUGGGUGCGGGGCAUCUUUGAGGCCCUGCGGCCGCUGGAGACUCUGCCUGUGGAAGGGCUCAUCAGAAUCUGGGCCCAUGAAGCCCUGCGCCUCUUCCAAGACAGGCUUGUGGAGGACGAGGAGCGGCGCUGGACCGACGAGAACAUCGACAUGGUGGCUCUGAAGCACUUCCCCAACAUCGACAAGGAGAGAGCCAUGAGCCGGCCCAUCCUGUACAGCAACUGGCUGUCCAAGGUGACCAGGCCCUGCAGUCAGCCAUGUCCCUCCUCUGUGACCCGUGACCCCUCCUCUGUGACCCCCUGA